AAAGAAAGAAAGGGAAAAAAAUAAAUAAAAGGUUCGAGAGACGGUCGGAAAGACAUAAAAAAGAACGCUCCGUCCUGAGCCUUUAUCCAUUUUAAUCAAUUCCAUCUCCAAAACCCUAAACCAGUUUUCAGUCUCCCUCCGGCGUAAUCCUCACUUUCCGAUGGGCCUUCUCUCAUGGUGGAAAGGCGAAGCAGCUCCAUCGGAGUCCAAUUCGAAGCCGCAGCCUCCUCUGARGAAUGUAUCUCAGCCGGCCGAAGUCCCCGGUCUGAACGGCGCCGUCGAAGUCCCCCGACCGGGCAGUGUGACGGUCUUCGAGUUCGGCUCCGUCUCCUCUUCGUCCGAUAAGGUCACGCUCGCCGGAUACUGCCCCGUCUCCGACGACCUCGAGCCGUGCCGCUGGGAGAUUCUGCCUGCGACCGGCUCCGAUGCUCCCCUUUUUCGCGUCGUCUUCUGAGGAUGCUUGAGAUGUAAGCGAAAUUAUGAUUAAAUUCCGAAACGCUUAUUCUAGUCGAGCGAACGCUGUGAAUUAAAAAGAAUUUGAGUAGACUUGUUCUUUUUGCAUAUGAUUGUCGUUGAAUUUUCUUGUUUGUUUUCUCUUCUUCGUAGACUGCAUUCACGAUUUGCAUCUCGCAAUCUGUGAAAUUUGAAAUCCGUAAUUUUUUCUUUUAAAAGGGAAAAAAUUGUUCAUCUUUGGAGACGUAAAUCCGGGGAAACGGAGUUCUAUUUCUUUAAGUCUUAAUUGACUCUGUUUUGUGCUUCGCUUUC